GAAACAUGGGCGCUCGCAGGUGAGUGGGCGGGCAGACUACCACUCGUGGGCUCUGACCUCGCAGUCGUCGCAGGAUGAAUGGAAACAGACUAUAAUCCCGUGGAGCUCAGCAGUAUGUCCGGAUUUGAAGAAGGCUCCGAGCUCAAUGGGUUUGAAGGAACGGAUAUAAAGGACAUGCAGCUGGAGGCCGAGGCAGUUGUAAACGAUGUUCUCUUCGCUGUCAACAGCAUGUUUGUGUCAAAGAGCCUCCGCUGUGCAGAUGAUGUGGCUUACAUCAAUGUGGAGACAAAGGAAAGGAACAGAUACUGCCUGGAGCUCACAGAGGCGGGGCUCAGGGUGGUGGGCUAUGCUUUUGACCAGGUGGACGAUCAUUUGCAAACCCCCUACCAUGAGACAGUCUACUCCUUGUUGGACACACUCAGCCCUGCCUACCGGGAAGCAUUUGGAAAUGCCCUCCUUCAGAGACUGGAAGCUUUGAAAAGGGAUGGAGAGUCAUGACUCAUCCUCCGAGCUGGGCUACUGCUGGUAUAGAAUGCUAACAUAAGACUUGACACCCUUGCGCACAAUCACUGUAGAAAGUGCAUCACUGGCUUUAUGUGUUCAUCAUUCCUUCACAUGUAGGCUUUUGACUCACAUGUAGGUUCAUAAUUGACUCAUAAAUUGUCUUAGUUUUGGAUUCAUGUAAGGGAAUUUGAGACCAUUACUCUGACACUAUCUGAUUUUUUUCACACAGCCUCUCUGCAUUUCAAUACCUAAUCAGCACUUCAUGCUCUUAUUCCAGGGCUUCAACGCUGCCAGCACUCUUUUACAUACAAAAUUCUAGAUUUGCACAGUGAUACAGAAAUUAGAAUCACCUAACUUCAGACCUGGAUUCAGCCUGCUAAAUCAGGGGUUUACUACUAGCCUGGACUGACUGUGUAGUGGUUAUUUUGUUACUGGCCUUAUUGGAAACAAACUGUCAACUAGUUUCCCCUGCACAAAUUUUGAAAUUGACUGCUCUGGUUAACCUACUUACAUUACCAAAUGGACUGAUGAAGAUGGAUUGCUUAAAUGUUACUUAACUAGGAUGAAAUGAAAGGCAGGGACAGAAAUAGUUCUCUCUUCCUUGUUUGCAACAGCCAGCCAGCCAACCUAGAGACCGGUAGCAAUUGAAUGUAACAGUUCCCCAUUUCCAAGAUAUCUAAGCACAUGAGCAAAUAGAGCAACAGGCCCCACCGCAUCCUCAGCGAGUAUCACUUCAAAGGAAGAAGAUCCUGGUUUCCUAGGAAACGAUAUUUUGGCCCGUGUUGACUCUUAUUCCGAAUGUUUGUUUACAAUGUACAGUACAUAUAUAUAUUUAUUGAGAAAGUAUUUUUGCUUCGACGCUUACUUUCUACUCAGCAGCGCUUUGGUAUUCCUGCGGCGUCCCUCCUUCUGUCUCGUUGCCACGUGUGCAGUGUAAUGAGUGCAUUGUAUGGUUUGAAACCAAAGGAUGAAUGAAGCAUUCAGAAACUUGAUAUUUCAAAAAGAGAUGCUCUGUAUUCUAUAUUUUAUUACAGUCCCUGGUGUUUAUAAACUUAAUAAAACACUUCCUGCUGCUGCAUGUUUUCCAGUACCUGACAAACAAAAAGGACCUGGGUGUUGUUAAUUGUCACCCAAAGCAGCUGUUUAGCCACCAUCUGCAUCUGGGUGUGCCUCCAUACAUUUGUCAUUAGCUUUCAAGAGGGCAUUUUUUAGCCUCUGAACGUCAUGUGAGAGAAGGGGGUGGGGAGAACACCUGACUGUCAUGGGUAAGCCCAGGUUGGACCUGAGGGUCAAAACGGUUUUAAAAACUCAAAAUGAUCAUGUAAGCCAGGGCAGGUGGAGAUUCAUCUGCAUUGCUGAUGCCUUCAGAGUUCACCAGCUUGAGUCUGUUUGCGAGGUACUCAUCCUAGUGCGAUGUCUGGGCGCCUACCUGCCUGCGUAGGGGCAACGAAGCCCAAGUUCAGGUUGAACUUGUUCAUGCUUAAUCUCAGGCUAAUAUUAAAAAAAAUGAUGUUUGUAAAGUUUGAAUAAAAUCGUUUACUCGA